CGGCGCAGUCAGUGGGCGGGGCUUGGUGUCAGUGUCGGGCUCCUGCUGCCCAUAGCACAGCGCGCUCCGCAGGCUCCGGGACAAUAUGGCCCUAAAACGGAUUCAGAAGGAGCUGAUGGAUUUACAAAGGGAUCCCCCCGCACAAUGCUCAGCAGGUCCUGUGGGAGAGGACUUGUUUCACUGGCAGGCGACUAUCAUGGGUCCUAAUGACAGCCCGUUCCAAGGUGGUGUUUUCUUCCUCACAAUUCACUUUCCUACAGAUUACCCUUUCAAACCCCCCAAGGUAGCAUUCACUACAAAAAUCUAUCACCCUAACAUCAACAGUAACGGUAGCAUCUGCCUUGAUAUCCUUCGGAGCCAAUGGUCACCAGCAUUGACCGUGUCCAAAGUUCUGCUAUCAAUCUGCUCUCUUCUCUGUGACCCAAACCCAGAUGACCCUCUGGUGCCAGAGAUUGCCCACACGUAUAAAGCAGACCGGGAAAAGUAUAACAGACUAGCACGAGAAUGGACACAGAAAUAUGCAAUGUAAUGCUCUCUAAAUAGCACAGCCAGACUGAUGAACUGGAGAGGAUUGUGAGCCCGCUACAGAGGCCAGAACCUCCCACUUCUCUUGUUUAUCUUUUCGUGCCAAUAUGCCCGCAAAGUUUUUAUACAACACCGACCAAUCAAACAUAGGCCACAAACUCUAUGGAUGUUACCGGCACACACACAACCCCCUUUUUGCCUGGCUAAGGAAGACACCCCACCUGUUUGAAAUCUGCUGCUGUGAUGAGACCCUCCUGCCCAGUGUGAAUCCUAUGUGCAGGGCCCCUCUCCUGCUUUGCACUGAAACUUCCAGUCCCUGGGAUCUGCUUUCACAAAGCUCAUAUUACCUUCCCCUCGCCUUUAAAUAACUCAGGACACAGAUGUUGGUUUGGGGAGAGUCACGGGCCUUGCUACUGUCCCUAUACCAGAAUGGUAUAGUUGGUAACUGUUGCUGGAAUGAGCGGAGCAUGCAACAUAUUUGGAGGAAGGUGAAGGGCAAACCUAUGUCUUACAGCAAUUGAGGAAUCCAUAUGGAGUCCUUUUCAGUCUCUAUCUGUUACCUGCACAGCUAUUCUCCUUCUUUAUUCUCAGAAGUGUGCCUGCUGUUGGUACAGUAAAUGAGGCAAAGAAGAACCUGUGUGCAAAACAAAAAUAGUUUUAUUAUUUAUAAUGGCUGAAACCCAUGAAUGCCUGACUCAUAUUCUGAUGUAUUUAAUUUAUGAUCACGGAGGGGUGGAGCUGUCCCACGUAACUGUUCUUUGAAUGGCAUAUACAAAUCUUGUACCUAACCUUUUAACAAUUAUUGGUGCUGUUUGGGCAUCAACAAUCUGGUGGUACUGUGUGCUCCUUGGAAUCUCCUCAAGCACUUAACUGUGUUAUUUUGUUCACUGUAUUAGAUUGUGCAUUUGGCAUCUCCCCCAUGCCACUUAUUAUAGCACUAACUAUAUAGUUGUAUGUUUAGGGUACACGUAGCUGCAGUAUUCGGAUAUCCCACAGCUUGUGUACCUGAUACGGUCCUCUCUCCCACAAUCUUUUCCAUCUAUAAUGGAAUGGGAGUUUGUAGCCCAUGCUAGCUAAUCCACAAUGUAGCGUUCAACAAUUGUCAGUAAUGGUUUUUAUGGGUCAGCUCUGUGACUUUUCUUGUCUUAGCCUACCUCACGCUUUGAAUUCUGGGACAACAUGUCGUGAGCUCUUUUCCCGACUAGUGAGAGGGCUCUGCAAUGCUUGGUAAUCGACAGCAAGAUGCUCUUGUCUUCUUGCAACAGCGUUAAAAGAUCUGACCAAACUGCAUAGUGGUAAUAAACACCUGUGAAAAUGAAAA